AAUUGAAGAAAAGCUCCCAAAUAUACGGGUAUAUUCCCUUAAAAAAAGCUCCGUGCGGUAAUAAAAGAAAAAAUUUAGAGUGAAAAGUAUAAAAGGAAAAAUUUCCCACAAUAUGACACAAGUGUGACACUAGUUAAAUCUAACACUAGCUCCGCCUUCGACAUCCCUCUCCUAGCAGUUAAGGUUUAAGGUAACGACUUUGGCUACGACAAGUGUGACACUAGUUAUAUCUAACACUAGCUCCGCCUUCGACAUCCCCCUCCUAGCAGUUAAGGUAACGACUUUGGCUACGGCGCGCUCCUAUAGUGUGAUAGGCAGUGUGUGUGCAAGGUCAUUGCGGUUAAGUUAACGACUUCGGGCAUGACUAGCUUUGAUAGUGUGAUAGGUGCCCGAUUAGCUUUGAUAGUGUGACGGGGAUGGAUGGUGUGCACAAGGCCCAAGAAUAAAUUCACCACCAAUCUUGUGAGAAUACCAAUUGUAUCUGUUUCUCUCGAGUCUAGUAAUCCUAAGAUUAGACUACCAACUAAACAGGCUCCAGAGUCCAAUAAUCCUAAAAUUACCGAUUGUAUCAAAACAGGCGUCUGAAAAAGCGAGCGUACCCCCUAAACAGCUUACAUUUAAACAGAUUUAAAUGUUAUUAAGACGCAGAGCUAGGGCUACAUAAAUAUUUGAUAUUACAUUUGGGCGGGGGCCGCGCGUGCGCGUACCCCCUCAGCAACAAAUUAUGACGUCCACUCUCCCACUUGGGGAGAUGGUAGCCCAGCACACCCACAGAGUGCAAUGUGGGCCACUGGACUAGGCCUGGGCCUCCUUGAUCACCCAAGGACCCCGUCCAGGUAAGUAUGGUUCACUGUUGCACCCCCUCCCUCUUUUAUCACUACCUCAACCUCUCGAACUUCAUCGCGCGGCCGAUGUGGGACUAAAACUCCCUCCCCAGCAUCACCUCAUCAUUUGUUGGAUUUUAAACCAUUUGAAUGUUUGAUUUGUCUCCUCCAUGGAUUCUCCAUCCAAACUCGAACCCCUUAACGCUCAAAAAGACGCACCAAUGGGAACCACCGAAACCCUAAAUCUCACACCCAAACCCUCCUCAUCAAAGAGAAAACCUCGACCAUCAAAGAAAAUCCCCACCAAUGAUUCUCCCCCCAAUCAAUCUGCAGCUCCUCGACGGAAACGGAAGGCCAGGAUCUCCACCGCCGCCUCCGCCGCCGGUGCAUCGCCGGGGAAUCGGAGAAGAACUCGGAGGCGAUUGGAGAAGGUGAUCGUUGCUAAACAAGAGAAUGAGAACGAGAAUGAGUUGGUUGCAGUUGGUAAUGAUAUCCUGAAGAGCAAACAACAACUGGGUUUGGUUGCUUCGAAAAUUGAAGAGGAUAAUGCAUGGGAGAAGAUUAUGGAGCUUUUGCUGUGGAAGAAUGUUGCGAAAUCGACACUGUGGUUUGGUUCGGGGUCGAUCUUUUUCUUGUCUUCUUGUUUCUCUAAGGAUUCUAAUUUCAGGAAAAGCCGACCGACCUUGACUUGGAAAAUCUUAAUGCAAGCAUUCUUCUGUGGCUUAUUUGGUGGCGCACUGGCUCAAAAUUUGUACGUCGUGAAUGUUAAAUUAACAUCGGCAACCUUUGCCACGGCUAUGACUAACCUCAUUCCAGCAAUCACUUUUGUCAUGGCAGUUAUUUUCAGAUUGGAGAGAUUAGGUAUAAAAUCAGUAUCAGGACAAGCAAAGGUGCUAGGAACUAUAGUUGGAAUUGGAGGAGCCAUGACUCUCACUUUCUACAAAGGAGCAGACAUCAAUCUAUUUUCAUCAAAGUUCGAUCUCUUCAAAUCAUCACUGGAUAUUGGAGGAAUCCACCAACAAUCUGCUGAUCAUGUCAUCAGUUCGUUGCUGGCUGUUGCCACUUGUUUCUCUUAUGCAAUCUGGUUAAUUAUUCAGGCUAAGAUGAGUCAAGCGUAUCCGUGUCAUUACUCUAAUACGGCCUUGAUGUGUUUGAUGGCGGCGGUCCAAGCUAAUGUUUAUGCACUUUGCAUGGAUAGGCAUUGGGAUCAUUGGAGAUUGGGGUUCGAUGUUAGGUUAUUGACUGUUGUAUACGUGGGAGUAGUCGCAUCGGCCUUGAUCCUUACUGUUCUAUCAUGGUGUAUAAAGCAGAAAGGACCACUAUAUGCAUCUGUUUUUAACCCUUUAAUGCUUGUGAUCGUCGCCUUCUUGGGUUCUCUUCUUCUUGAUGAGAAAUUACAUGUUGGAAGCAUAAUUGGAGCAGUGUUGAUUGUGAUUGGACUCUACAUGGUUCUAUGGGGUAGAGGAUGA